AUGAACAUACUAGAUCACUCCGCAGCAGCUCAACAGAGUCUGCACGUUAGCAGCGCCGCGAUUCAGCUCGACUGUUACGAAUGUUUCUCCAGCUCCAGCAUCCAGUGCAUUGUACCGGGAGGAACCAACGGCAGGUGCAAAGGGGCCUACUGCAUCAAGACCAAGUACUUCACUGAGAACGGUGAAUACAGAGCAGAUAGAUGGUGCUUGACUGACAGUUCCUUUUUCUCCAACUUUCCACUGUGCAAUCAUCAGGAAAGACUGUCAGACGUGCCAUACUCAUGCCUCUGCUACACCGACUUUUGCAACGGUGACCUGCUAUAAUUUAGAACACAGUGACGAUAUGAUGAUAGUUUAUAAUCAAAAUCAUCAGCGAAUAAUUUGCAUACUUCAUUUCAUUUUUCUGUUUGUAUUGUUCCAACUAAAACUAGAGUUAGUUAAUAAAUAUUAAAAGUAUUGAAUCCACCAUCAAAAAGAUUGUUACAUAAUCAUUGUUAACUAUAUGACCGGUAACUUCAAAGUUAUCAAAAGUUAUUUUUAUUUUUCAUAACAUUAUUAUAGGCACAUUGUUACGAAUUAUGUAAAUUAAGUGAAUUACGAAUUAUCUUAAUAUGUAGACUUUUUUUGUGUUUUCUUUUUAGGAAUGUCUGUGAAUUCAUCAAACUUUGUAUAUUUAAUGUGUGUGUUUGUGUGUGUGUUGUGUGAGUUACAAUCAUUAAAAUAAUUUUAUGAUCU